AUGGUUGUCCUGGAAAAAGGGGUUAUACCACUGUGGAAGGAAAAGGAGAUGCCAGUGCAAGCAGACAGCAUCACAUCUGCUGUGAUGAUGCAAGAUGAUGAUGCAUUGGAUGGUGUUGACAAUGAGGAACAGCUGGACAGCCUGGUCAUCAAUGCAAUGAUCCCAUUGUUGUUAGAGGCUGACCCACCAUGGAAUCAGUCAUCUUCCCCUUUCAGAGGCCUGGAGGUUUUGACAGGCAUUGGUUGUGGGCACUGUGCAUAUGCCACAUCCUCUUCCAAGUGCAUGCAGGUCCAUCACAGGGAGCACCACAGGGAUACUAUCACCCCCAAGGAUUGGACUGCAUGCAAGAUGCAGAGAUUCAGCAGGAGUGGGAAGGGAUAUGCCCUGUUCCAAGUCCAUGACACUGCUGCCUCCCCUGUUCCAGUUGAUGAUACCAUUAGCCAUCUUAGACAACAGAUGGCCCAGGCAUUGAUGUCCAACAUGCCACAGGGUGGCAUGAGCAUGUUGCUGGCCAUGACAUAUGCAGUGUUAUGUGACCUGGUAGAGAUCCCAAGAUGUGAUGACAAUGGCUUGUUCCCUGGACUCAAGGCAGCAGUGAGGCAGUACUUCAAUGAAGUACUCAACCUCCUCACCAUCACUGAUGAAUUGGUCCUGCAAUGA